GUAGAUAUGCGUUCGGUGACGAAGUUAAUCCAUUCGUGGCCGAGAAAAUCGCCAUAGGGAGAAUUUCUGCCCUCGCGCGCUCGCAGAAAUUCCUUUCGCCAUAAUUGGGUACGCUUACACCGUGGAGGGUGACGAUUUUGAUGUCAUGUGUUCGAUCUGGUGAUAUUAAUUUGCUAUUGGAAUAUAGAUGGGUGUGGUGACGUCGUCGGUGGCGGCGAAGUUUGCGUUCUUUCCUCCGGAUCCGCCGUCGUACGGAGUAAAGGUUGAUGAGAAGACGGGGAAUUUGCGGAUGACAGGGGUGGAGGAGAAGGAAAACGUCGACGUUGUCAGGUUGAAGACGAAGAGAGAGACGGAAAUCGUGGCGUUGUACGUGAAGAAUCCAUCGGCGAAGAUGACAAUGUUGUAUUCUCACGGAAACGCAGCUGACAUAGGGCAGAUGCUCGACCUCUUCAGUGAGCUCAGUAUCCAUCUUCGACUCAAUUUAAUGGGGUAUGAUUAUUCGGGGUAUGGGCAGUCGACGGGCAAGCCAACGGAGCAAAACACGUAUGCUGAUAUAGAAGCUGCAUAUGAAUGUCUUAAAAAGACUUAUGGGAUAAAAGAAGAAGAUAUAAUACUAUACGGACAGUCUGUCGGGAGUGGGCCUACGUUGGAUUUGGCAUCUCGUUUGCCCCGAUUAAGGGCUGUUGUUCUUCACAGUCCGAUUCUAUCCGGGCUCAGAGUUAUGUAUCCUGUUAAACGAACAUAUUGGUUUGACAUUUACAAGAAUAUUGACAAAAUCCCGUUGGUACAAUGUCCAGUCUUGGUUAUUCAUGGCACCGACGACGAUGUUGUAGAUUGUUCCCACGGUAAGCAGCUCUGGGAGCUGAGUAAAGAGAAAUACGAUCCUCUGUGGGUGAAAGGCGGAAACCAUUGCGAUUUAGAGUUCUACCCGGAAUACAUUAAACAUUUGAAGAAGUUCGUAUCAUCUGUUGGAAAAUCGGGACACCUUAGGAAUGGCGAUCAGACAGGAAGCACUUCGAACAGCAGCGAUUGAGGACAGGACAGGACAGGACAAAUGGUGAUCAGUGUAAGAUGUCGAAUUCGAGCAAAGAUUGUGUACAGAAUCCUACGCCGGAGAGGCGAGUUUGGCCGGAAAUAAUUGUAAUCGAUCCGCCGGAGCACGAGGAUCGGCUUGGGUUCAUUCCAUCAUUAACUGUGAGAUAUGUUUUUUUUUUUUUUUUUUUUUGGGUUAUAGGUAAAUUAUUUGAAGUGUAUAUUAUGGUUGUUGUAUGUAUGUAUGUAUUUAGUUAUCAAAGAUGUGUAUUUAUAAUGAUCGAAUACGUGUGAAAAAGAAA